GGAUAUAGCCUCAUCCACUUUUACUUGCCUGCCUGUUUUGCCAACAUGCCCUGCCUCCAACUGGCUCGGUCUUUUCAGAGGAAGUGGAAGGGGGGUCUCGUUCAAGUUGAGGGUGGGGGCCAAGAAUUCGAAGGCCUCUAUUUCGUAUGCUAUCCAUACCUCUCUUCCUGUCUUUCAUCCUUGAUACUAUCGCUUCUGGGUUGGUUGUUCCUCUUCGAGUCUCUACCACUCCUCGUAGUUUGGCAACCGAGGCAGUCGUGGAAGAAAGCCUAGAUUGUCAAAAGAUCCCGUUUCAACGCCCUUACAUGCCCUCCAUUACCGCGGCCACAGGCGCCACAAUCAAUGACUCCAUGCUUCGAACCUGGAGUCUAGAAGCCUUAGUGUCAUGGCAACGUUUACAGGGCUGGCGACGUAAGGAGUGAUUGGCGGGAGAUGUAAGGCGCGUGUGUAUCUGUGUGGUGGCAUUUCCAUACGUUCCAAUAGUCAGCAGCCACACGGCA